AUGAGCUCCUCCCCGCAGUGCAGUCGCCGCCCGCCCAGCGACGAGUUCUCGUCGAGCAGCACGUGCGCUCCCAGCCGACCCCGUCUGAAUUUGCCCCUGGACCACGACUUUCUGCCGCUGGGAAAGUGCGACGAAGAGAAGGAACAGGAGCGCGUACGGGUCCAAGUGAUUUGCAUGAUCUUCGACCUGCCCGAGUCGACGCAGUUCUACAAAGAUUUCUCGUGUGCGAUUGCGUCGACGCUGGCAAUGCACGGACGGAUGUACCCAACGAGCUCACACGUGUGUUUCUACUCGAACGUCUUUGGUCGGGAGCGAAAGAUUCUGAUUCCGUACGAGUCGAUUCGUGAGCUCGAGAAGACAACGACCAUGGUGUUUCAGCACGCGAUCCGUCUUGUGACGUUUGACAAGGACGAGUACACGUUCACGAGUUUCUGGGGCAACAACCGCGACUCUUGUUAUGAUCUCAUUGUCAAAACGCGUGAUCGAGUGCUACAGGAGUUGUGUCUAUCUACAGUAGGCGAGGAGACAUUGCACGGCUCGAAACGACGACCGCCUUCUGCUGCUAGGGGACUACUGUCUCCCUUUUCAUCAUCGCCAUCCUCAGCAACAAGCGUAUGCUACGAUCAAGAUGCUGCAGAAGAAGGAAAAGAAAAAGAAGAGAGACAGGGAGAGGAAGGAGUAGAGCAGCACGGGGAAGGUGUUGUUUCCUCGAAUAGCGUCUCGACAGCUGGUGUCAACGAAACCGUGACCGCUGCGGAAAGAGAGAAUGAGGGUGAUGAUAAUUACACCAUUUGUGCGACACCACGUCGGCGCAGUGUGGUCUUGGACACGGGUUCGAUUGCACCAAAGGAUAUAUCGAUGACUCGGAUUUUCGAUGAGGUAUUCCCAGUGUCGGUAGACACUUUUGUGCAGACAUUUUGCGUGGACAACGCACCGUUCGGACUGGAUAAGUUUGCUGAACGAAUUGGCUCAACCGAUAUAACCGUGAACCCUUGGAUAACUCCGGCAGAAGGCGGAAAAUCUUUCGGGACAACGCGAUCGUUGCAGUUCCGAGUGCCGAUCGAUGCUCCAAUCGGCCCCAAGUCAUCGCAAGUUGACGUGCUGCAGUGCAUGAAAGAAAAAGAGCACGGGGUGCGCGUCGUCGAGAGCUCGACUCGACUUGUGGACAUUCCAUAUGGCGAUUAUUUUAGUGUGGAAGAUCGAUGGACCAUCGUGCCACACUCAGCCAAAGCCAAUUUCUGCGAAGUAUACAUUGAGCUAAAGGUGGUCUUUGGCAAGUCAACGUUCUGGAAGAAAACCAUCGAAGCCCGUGCUAUCAGUGACAACCGUGCGAAGUGGGAAAAGUGGGUUGGAAUGGCCAAGGCGUUUCUCGACUCAAGGGAUCGUGAUGAUGCAGUGAGCUGUACGUCGAAGAGUUCUUUGGCGCCAAGCACUUGCUUAAAGCAAAUGGCACUGCAGGAGACUAGCGGAAAGGAUCGCGGGGCUGUGGUGAGACAUCACGGCCGAGGCAAGCUUGGGCACAACCACCGUGGCGUUGCAGGUGCGAUACUGCCGUACGGUCCUCUUGUUUGUACUGCUGCUGCAAAAGUGUUUCCGUGGAUCCUGGUAUCGAUUCUGCUUAUGACAAUCUUGCAUCUGCAUACGACCUUUUCAAACGUGGAACAAUCGUUGCUGGAGAACACUCGGCUCAUCGUUAACCUCCAGAAGCAGCUUGCUAGUCUUCAGGCGGGAACUUGUCCGAUGGCAGCACAGUCUUCUCAGGUGCUUUGA